CACAAAUCACCAGGAAUAUACACUUUUCCACUACCAAUUUGUAAUAUUUUAACACAUUCAAGGAAACAAACUGCGUCUCCGCCAUACUGAUAGAUGACCAAUAUAACAAAUCUGACAACUAUAAUCAUACAAAUUUUGAACCACUGUGCGGCAGGUCCAGCUAUAUCAAUCAAAUUCUCUUCCUAGUUAUUUCAGCUACAACAAACAUGCAUUUUCCCACAAACACUGAACUUGUGAAUAAGUUACUAGAUCCAUGUGAAUUUCCUUGCUGGGAAGGUCAAAUGUAACACUGCAAUUUCAAGUGUCUUUCAGGUCCUCAGCUUGUGUGGAAUAUAUCCACUUAACUCCGUUAUUUUUGCCUCUUUAAGUUGUUUCACAUUCUGCAUUUUAAUCUAUUGGACGGCAUGCACAGAAAUUGCAUUUUCACCAUGUGGUGUUUGAGUGAACUAAUGAUUCCUUUGUACUUUUUGAAUGCUUGAUUUCGAAUUUUAAAUACAGUACAUUCGUUUGUGGUUAUCUAGUACUUGUUGGUCCGGCUACGUUAUUUCUGGGAUUAUUAGUUCACGAUAUAAUUCAAAUACUCCUGAUUAUCAUAUUAGUGUCUCGAUGGAGCCUCUGAUGGAACCGUUGGACAUACAUUCAGAUUUUAAUGCUUUUGAGGAUUACUUUGAAAGGUUCGAAAUCUGAGCUAUGACCAAGGAAGAUGAUGAAGAUGUUAAUAUUUUAGCACAUUUCCUCACAUUCAUCGGAAAAAAGCAUAUAGUUUAUUAAAAACUUUGACUUCACCGUAAAAGCCCAUUUCACUUCCUUAUACAGCUCUCAAGGAACUACUGCUAGACUGUGUUAAGUGUACAAAUUUCGAAUGCGGUAAAGAAGAAAGAUUUCGUAAAAUGAAUCAUGAGGAUAUAAAAAAUUGCACUACAUUACGUCAUCUCAAACCAGUGCAUACUCAAUGUUAUGCAGAUAAUUCAUUGAUGAGUUGCGAUGCAGUUCAUGAAGAUGGGCACAAGUUUGGUCAAUGUUUGUCCUGUGUCAGUUUCCACUUCUUUAAUUCAUGUAAUUCUCGUAAUUUUAAGUGCUUUAAAUGUGGUGAUAUUGGAUAUAUUCAGUCAGUUUGUAAUACUACUGUUCAUCUUGCUGCAACUAAUGUUAAGUUUUGUAAUACUGAUUCUAUUAAGUUUAGUGUUCUUAAUGAUCAUUUAUCCUUGUCAACGAUUUCAAAAGACAGUGUAGAGUCAUAUAGCAGUUCAGAGUUAAGUGAAACUCAGAAUUCUUGCGAGACAACAGUUUCUAAUCAAUCGACGUAUCAGAUUUCUCAUGUUAUUGUACCAAAUAUGGUUCUUCCUAAUGAUUCACAUAUUUCUGAUUAAAUUCCUUACAAAUCUGAGGAAAAUAUAUUGAAUGAACCUGGUCAUGAUCGAAAACCUGAUGUAGUUUUGAUAGAUGCUGAUUUUUCUAAUGGUCUUUUACUCUGCAAUGACAUUUUUAAUAAAUUUGAGAAAACUAUUUCAGAAGAAUCAAAUCGUGAUGUUCUAUCAAAUAAUAUUUUUCCCCAUAUUGCAUUUGUUUCUUGUGGGAAACUUUUUCAAUCUGAAUCACAAGUACUAAAUGAACUCGAUUUUGAUUAUAAUUCGGAUUAUUUCAUAUCAUCUGCUGUUUAUGCUUAUUACGAUGUCACUUCUAAUGUUUACUCUCGUCAAUGUGAGAAACAUAUUUUAAAUGAGACUACAAUCAUAGCUUGGGGAUAUAAUUAUGCAACAUUAUUUCGUGGGGAGAGGAUAGUGUUGGGAAAUGUGUUCUAUAAAUUCUAUAUGGUGGUUUCUGUACACAACGGAUACGGCGAUUGUAUACAAUCCCAGGAAGCAAUGUAAACUCAGCUACAAAUCAACCGAUCAACUUUGACAAACUACCACAUGGGAUCUUGAACUUUCAUAUGAAGGAAAUAAGUGGAAACUAUGGCCGUGAAACUCAAAACUUCUCAAUAUUAGACAAAACACUUAUUGCACAUAAAACAUCUAGUGACUUAUCAGUCAAUCAAAAUGAAAUGUUAAUUGGGAAAAUUGCUCAGUAUAAUCAGUUGCUAAAUGUAUCAAUUAUAAAUGACCUAAAGUCAGCCUGCAAACCGGAUGGAAUACACAUUACUCCUGAAUUCAAGAAAUCAGAUCAUACAUCAUGUUCUUCAAAGUCUUUACUUUACACAACAUUUAAAAAUAAAGACUUUUCAGGAAGCUCCUUAUAUAUACCUCUAUAUUAUGUUUGUUAUGACUUGGAAUCCACCAGUUACUCUAAGAAGGAACGUAUAUUUGGAACAAUAAACAGAAACUCAGUUUGUCCAAGACUAAGAGAAAAUCCGGUGGAAAUAUCUGACAGAAGUACUAUAUAUCAUCAUUCUAUGGAUGUUAGAAAGUUAGUCCCAUGUGCUGUAAUAUACUGGUCAAAUGGAUCUGCCAGUAGUAUCAAUAGACCAACAGUACCCUGUUGCCUUGAUCAACUCCCUAUUUAUUUAUCUUCACGGUUAAACUUCAAAAAAAAUAUACAUAUUUGUAAUGACUGUUAUAUGCGUCAAAGUAAAUCUACAAAUAGUGAAUUUCAACCAAUGAUUGUUCACGAUAUGCCAUAUUCACAAGCAAAUAAUAGUUUUUUAAACCGGUUAUUUAUAAAACUGAAAAGAUUUACAAAACUAAUUCAAAAAAUUUCAAAAUCCGAAACAACUGUUUGUUUUAAAGGUUUCAAAAGCUACGGUAUUAAACAGUCUAUGCUAAGUGAGCAUAAACAGAAGAAUUUGAAGUUUUAUGCAGAUGAUAAAUCCAAGGCAAUGAAAUCACAAAAUUCGGUUAAACAAUAA